CUUCAACUUAAUGCCACAUCAUACGAAAACGUGAUUCCUUUUGAUAGAUUAGGUAAUGCUCAACAAAAUGGUGAAAGAUUAUUAGCAAAAUGGUUCGAUGAUGGUAUACGAACAAUUUUACCAGAAAAGAAUGAACCAACUCGUACAAUAAACUUUACUGUGGACCUUGAAAUAUUGCCUGGUUUAAGUGAGACUAAAUUCC